AUGUCUCAACAACAAUGCUGCAACAACAUUCACUCUCCUGAACCCAUUCUAAUACAACAACAGAUCAUGACCGGAUUGAGCAUUGAUCCACAAACUGGAGAACCCAUCUAUACCUAUUCUCAACCCAAUAUCGGAGGAGGAAAGUUUUCGGGAGAGAACAUUGAAAUUUCGGUUGAGCCUUGUGGUGGCACUUCCAAACAACAACAACAAACAAAGAAUUCCUAUCGAGUGGUGGUUCAUCCACAUUCGAGUAAGAAGGUCUUGAGUGGAAUUUCUGCUGUUAAGGUUUUGGAUUCGAAGAGUCAGAAAGUUCUUGCGUCGUUGGAGGAUUAUAAUUCAAAGGAACAUUCUAAUAAGGAUUGUAUUGAAGUGGAUUUUGUUUCUUCAUGUGGACAUGAUGAUCUUCAUCACACAGAUAUUGAAGUUCAUGUCGAAUGGAAGUGUAAUACGAUGGAUCGAUGGCCUCCAACUUUGAAAACCACACUAAAGGUCGAUCAGAAAAAGAAAGUGAGCUCUCUUGUCAAAGUCAAGUAA